UUUUCUAAAGUCGUAUCCGCUCAGAGGUGGUGAGGUUUGGGGCGCCCGGCCGGCCCGAGGCCAGGGAGCGGGGAGGGCGCUGUGCAGGCUGCUCUGAGGUGGGUCUGAGGCUCGGCGUGGGCGCCAUCCGGCCUGACGCUGUCUCGGGCCCGGACAGGGGCAGCCGUGCCCGGGCCCCACCUUCGCACACAGACUCCUUUGCCGGCGGCUGCGCUCCUCGGUCCUAUUCAGGUUCCACGUUCAGCAGAACCACUAAUGGACCCUGCACUGGUGCAGAGUGCAGAACAGCCUGGGGGAGAGACAAGGAGAUAAUCAAGGAGGCUGUUGCAGUCAUCCAGAUGAGCACUGGUUGUGGCUGGACAGAGUGGUGGAUGUGAAGUGUGGAAGUGCCAUCAGCUGAGAUGAGACAAAGGAGGAGAGGUGGGCUGCAGAUGUCACAAAGACACUCGAGGAGGACUGGUCAUCACUGGGAAGGGCUCUGUGACCUUUGAGGACGUGGCUGUGUACUUUUCCCAGGAGGAAUGGAGGUUUCUUGAUGAGGCCCAGAGACUCCUGUACCGCGAUGUCAUGCUGGAGACCUUUGCACUUGUUGCCUCAUUGGGUUGUUGGUGUGAAGCAGAGGACAAGGAAACACCUUCUGAGCAGAAUGUUUCUGUAGAAGUGCCACAAAUAAAUACUUCAAAGGCAGGUCUGUCCACCCAGAAAGCCUGUCCUUGGGAGAGGUGUAGACUGGACUUAGAAGGUUCUUUGGGUCUAGCUGAGGACCUUGAAACAAACCCUGGCCAGGCACUGUGUGGGUCAGGUGUGAAAUUUCACCAGCACAGUGGAGAGAAACUGUUUAGAAGAGACGUGGGGAAGGCCUUUGUGAGGAGCCACACAGUCCAUGCAUCUGAGAAGUUGUUCACAGGGCAGGAGGCUGGGAAGGAUUUCCCUGGUAGCUCUGGCCUUCUCCAGCACCUAGUCACUCCACAAAAGGACACCCAGUGUGUGGAGGCCUCUCACAAUGGACAAAGGCUCUAUAAGUGCCACGAAUGUGGGAAAGCCUUCUGCCGGAAGUACAGGCUUGCUCAGCACCAGAGAGUCCACACUGGCGAGAGGCCUUAUGAAUGCAGUGACUGUGGGAAAACCUUCAGCUAUAAACACAUACUAGUUCAGCACCAGAGAGUCCACACUGGAGAAAGGCCUUUUGAGUGCAGUGAGUGUGGGAAAGCUUUUAGCAACAAACCCACACUUGUUCGGCACCAGCGAAUUCACACUGGAGAAAGGCCUUAUGAGUGUAGUGAAUGUGGGAAGUUCUUUAGCCAAAGCUCCAGCCUCAGUGAACAUCAGAGGAUUCACAGUGGAUCACGGCCUUAUAAAUGCAAUGAAUGUGGAAAAUUCUUUACAUCCAACUCCAACCUAAUUAAACACCGGCGAGUUCACACAGGCACAAGGCCUUAUGAGUGUGGUGAAUGUGGGAAAUUCUUUAACCAAAGUCCCAGCCUCAUUAAACAUCAGAGAAUCCACACUGGUGAAAGGCCAUAUGAAUGUAGUGAAUGUGGGAAACUUUUUAGCCAAAGCUCUACUCUCAUUAAGCACCAGAGAGUUCACACUGGAGCAAGGCCUUAUAAAUGCAUUGAAUGUGGGAAACUUUUCAGCCAAAGCUUUGGCCUCACUCAACACCAGAGAAUUCACACUGGAGAAAGACCAUAUGAGUGCAUUGAAUGUGGAGAAUUCUUUAGCCAAAGCACCCAACUUACUCAACACCGAAAAGUUCACACCACAGAAAGGCCUCUUGAGUGCAGCAAAUGUGGAAAGGUCUUCAGUCAAAGGUCUGCUCUGACUGAGCACCAGAAACUUCACAGCCCAGAUAGACCCUAUGAGUGCAGUGAAUGUAGGAAAGCUUUCAGCCGAAGGUCUAACCUCUUUUGUCACCAGAAAGUUCAUACUGGAGAAAGGCCUUCAAAUGAGAGGAGAGCAGUGAAUGAGCUGUCUCCCUAGUUAAUAUGUCAUCCUGAAUAGGCUCUGUGAGGGAGUCCUCCACUGGAAGUUGAUGCCAUCCAUCUGCAUGGCCCUAGUGUGGAGAUUGUCUAUGAGUGCCAGGUUCACAGGAAGCUUUUAAGGAGCUAUGCUGUACUUUCUGACCUCCCAGGCCCCUUGCCAGACUAACGUCAGUGUGAGUUUCUGUGGUAAAAAUCAUCUUACCUAUACCAAGUGGUGUUCACCUCAGUGUGAUCAGGGUAGGUAGCCCUCUGCUUUCGCAUCCUGCAGAGGGAAGCCUGAGUAGCCUGAGCUCUUGGGUGUUACCAUUCUCUUGUGUCCACCUGACUAGGACAUGGACUUAACCAGCUUUGACCAAGGUGACCCAAUGUAGGUUCUGCCGGUGGCUCACAGAGGUUUACUCUCUUCAGUGGUACUGUCUCAUGUCAUGCUCAGGAUGGAUUUUUCUAGUUCUUUGUCCCCUGUUUGGGAACUUCAUAUACCUCAGUGAGGAUAGUAUCAUGGCAGAGAAUAGUUUUCACUCCAGUUUUGGUUUAACUUAAAUUGUUGUCCAAGGCCUCUUGGGGUGGACUGUAGGGCUCUGUGGGACUCAGAUAUCAGAAUUUUUGGAGGGUCCUGACAUCACCCUGAGAUGAGGACAGUUGUGAGAAUCAGCAGUGACUUUUGGAACAGUGUGAGUUCUCUUUUUCACAUGGGCUGUCACAUUGUGCCCCCAGUACUGUUCAAGAGAAGAAGUUCUCUAGGUCCAGCUGGAAGAGAGCUGUGUGCAGUAAUGUUCACAACGUGGUAGGCUGGUGUUGCUGAGUGUUACGUUACAGACAUCAGGUGGGAACCAUAUUUGGUACAGAAACACUCAGGGAAUUAAUAGGGAGUUUAGCAAAUGAGGGGAUGGGUCUUUUCUAAAGUUGCAUCCAGUAAAGCAACUGUAUUCCUAUUUUUUUUUUAAUUGUUCUAAUUUGAGAUUUUUAGGAAAGUAAAAAAAAAAACAAGUCAAAGUUGCAUCCACAAAUUUUCAGUGACUGUGGCCAUUUGGGUAAAGUUUUUGCAGGAAUUCUCAGGAGGUACAGAGCUGUUUCUUUCUGAAGCCCCAGUCAGUGUCACACUGAAUAAAGGUUUUAGGAUCCCAUAGUAUCUCCAAAUUGUUUAUCUCAAAGCCAUUGCUGCACAGUACGAAAAAAAAUGAGGAAAGAGAGUGGGAAUCCUGUAGUUCAGGCAUGUGAUUUUUAUGACCCAGGCACAGCUGGAUAACUCAAGUGGAAACACCUUUUGCUGCUCACCAAUCGUUAUUGCUACUAUGAGAGAAUCCCUCCCGUGAGAAAGGAGAGGUGAUGGGGUUAACAUGUUUGUUUCUAGAAUUCUACUUUUCCAAAAAGGAGAUUCAGAUUUUUAUGUGAAGCCAAUUUUUAUUAAAACUUAAUCCAGCUAUAUAGUUGGUAUGCACUGAACUGAAUAUAUUCAAAGUGUACAGCUUGGUAAGUUUUAGUACGUGUAAAAUCACAGAACCAUCAUUAAAUAACAAACAUCCAUCAGUCCCAUAUCUACCUUCUGACAUCUCUCAGUGGGCUCCCAGGCAAUUCCUAUUGACUUCCUUUCACAUUUAAGUAGUUAAUGUUUUCUAGAAUUUUAAUACCAUUGGAAUCUUAAUGUGUUUGUUUUUGUACUUGCCUUUUUCUUUCAUGGUGCAUAAUUAUCUUAAGCAUCCAAGCUGCAGGUGUGAAUAUUUUGUUGUUGUUGUUUUUUCUCCUCUUUUCCCCAUGCCACAAGGCUUGUGGGAUCUUAGUUCCCCAAUCAGGGAUUGAACCUGGGCCUUCAGUGGUGAAAUCGCAGAGUCCUAACCACUGGACCAUUUAUGUGACUAUAAGGUUUCAUAGUCUAAAAGACUGUACCCUUUUGCAUUCCUACGAGUGGUAUGGGAGCAUUCAAGACUCCCUAUAUUCCUCACGUGUACUUGGUUGGUAUAUUAAAUAUUACCUGUUUUUAAAGUGUGUAGAGUUAUCUCACUAUGGUUUGAUUACAGUUCUCUAAUGGUUCAUCAUGUUGAACAUUUUUAAUGUGUUCAUUUGCCAACUGUAUAUCUUCUUUGCUAAAAUGUUUGUAAUAGUUAUUUGCCAAUUGGUAGUGAAUGUUGGCUGAUAUUCCUUUUGUAUAAAUAAGAUGACAAUAAAAGAAAUGUGU